ACGGUAGCUUGCAGCCAUGGGACAGCAUCUCACCGACAGGAGCACCGGAGAGGACCGGGCGGUGUCCCUGCCUGACUGAAGACUGAAGCUACGUUAUGACUGAAUUAGAAGCCUCGGGGGUGGGGGAAAAUCCCCCGCCCUACAUCAUCUUUGUGGUGGUCUUCCUCUUCUUCCUCACUGGACUGUUUGGCUUCCUCAUCUGCCACCUGCUGAAGAAGAAGGGCUACCGCUGUCGCACGGGGGACAUGGACAAUGAAGAGGAGGAAGAGAAGCUUGGAGGAAAUGCAGACGAUGAGGAUGACGAGAACCAGGACACAGUGGAACAGAUCCUCAAAUGCAUUAUUGAAAAUGAAGCUAACAUGGAAGCCUUCAAUGAGAUGUUUGGAAACCAAAAUGUCUGUGUGCGCCAUGACCCCAGAUUGCGUAAGGAGUCCAUUGCUGGUGUUCCUCCACAUCACCAUACAGUCCACUCAGGCAGCGACCACAACUCCUGCCACCUCUGUGCCCAAGUGCGAUCUAAAAAGGGCCGACGGCAAAGCCGAACCCCCCGCUUUAAACAACGACCUGGAGAACAGACUGUCUUCUCUGUUGGCAGGUUCCGGGUGACACACACUGAUAAGAAGCCGCAGGGAGGUCCUAAUCCAAUGGUCAGUUCAGGGGACCAGCUGGACCAAUCCCAAGACAGUGACGAACGGAAGGAGGUCGGGUACAAUCUGAGAAGCAUGUUCAAAGAUGCCCGACAGUCUUCAGAAGGCUCCAAUGGGGUUGGACCGAAUGUGGGGAAACGCAGGAAGAGUAUAACAUUUUUUGGGCUGAGGCGAGGCAGUGAUCCCGUUGGCAUUAAAGUAAAAGAGGGGACAGGCAGGGAGACUGGAGGUGUUAGAUUGGCUAUUCAGCAGCAACCUGUCGUGCUGGAGGAACUGUUGCAGGCUGAGAAUGUUGAGUUUGCUCCUGGUACUAAACCUGGUAUCAAACCUGAAACCGCACCCUCAAAGAAUCAAACAGCUUCACCUCAAAGUCAGGCCAAAAUUUCAAGUUCUGUUAAUUCUCCCUCUUCACAAAGUAAGGAUCAGGCCCAGGGCUCCCAGUCCGCUACUGAGGAUGGUACUAAACAGAGGCCCAGCCCUGAACCUCAUACAAACCUUAUGCCCUCUGAACCUUCUGUUCGGAAUACAGCAGCGUCUGCUCCCAACUCUCUUCCCAUUCCAUCUCCUGUUACAUUUGGACAGACAUUUGAGACAUCAGAGAAACAAGGAGGUGUUGGGGAUAGGGUGUUAAAAAAUGAAGAGGCAUAUGAUCCUGGGCCGCUACAGACCUCUACACCCAUUGCCCCCAUGACUGGAUCCAUUCCAGGUAUCACUCCGAUCAAUCCUACUGGUCAACCUGAACCCUGUUCUAGUACUGGUCUUCCAGUUACCCAAAGUCCCCCUGACCCAAACUCCAACCCAGAUCUGGAAUCAGGUUUUAGUGCUGACCUAGCUGUAAUAAGCUUAGGUUCAUCACCUCCAUCUUCUUCCCAAAUCAAGACCCAAUCUUCAGUCUCAUCAUUAAAAAUUUCUAUCUCACCCGUUGCAGUCACACCAAGCCCCAAACUAAGCCCAAGAAGUACGCCAUCAGAGUCUGCAAAAACUGACUUUUCCCCUGCCCUCACUCCAAGCCCUAAACUCCAGGCAGGCCAAGUGGUAUCUAGUGAAUUACCUGUUCCAUUGUCAUCCUUUGGAAAAAGUACAAGUCCGUUACAAGCCCGAACUUCCUCACCUUCAAGCCCAUUAUCGCUACAGGAACAAGAGCUGAAAGGUGCCGGAAUCACAAAGCCGGAAGAAAAGACAGAAAAAAAGUUAGUGGGAAUUCUCAAAUCAGCUAAACUUUCACCAGUUGGGGGGGAUUUGAAGGGUUCUGCCCUUUACUCUCCCACUGAUCAGCUUUCUACAGACAGACUGAACUUUUUGCCACUGUCACCUUCCAGUCCACUGUCCCCUUCCUCACCUAUAGGUAGCAGAAUAAGUAGUGUAACCAUUGUCAAGGCCAGUCCUGACAGCAAGAGAGAGUUCUCUGUUGUCACCAUGGUUGAGGACAAAGAAUCCUUUACUCCAGUAAAAGACCAGAGAAGAGAGACUUCUGAACUCAGGGAUGAAUCCAAAAAAGCAGAAAUUAGUCCAGCAGUUGGCCAAGGAGGAGAGGUUCAUGCUUCAUGUGUUGGAAAACCUGAAAGUCAAAAUGAAGGGACUGCUGAAGCAGCGGCUAGGCCAAGGGUAAGCCAAGAGAAGGAUGAUAUGGUGGAGAUGGAAGAUAUUAGGAACUGCAAAGUGACACAGGUGGAAGAAGCAGAGAGGGUAGAGGAAGAGUUGGAGGAGAUGGUCAAACAGGACUAAUAAGUGGAGUCUCAUAUCGAGAUGGUUGAGAGUUCCGCUCUGAUAAUCCAAAGAAAGAAGUGAUACCAAGUGGUACCACUCAGUGGACUAUAGGAAAAGAAAUAUAGUGAUAAUAAAAUUAAGUAACAAUUAAAAUGCCUUUAAUUAUGUAACCACAGUCGUGAAUAUAUUGAGGCAAGGCUGGACUGGCUGGUGAACUGAGUCAGCUGACAAAUGGAAAAUCAUCAGACACUCUCACCACUGGUAGAUUAAAACGAUGAUACAAUUGUUGCAUGUUUUAGCCUUUUCACAAAAACUCACAUAUCCUUUAUGUCAUGACUAACCAUUUUGCAAACCAUGCCUUUGUGUGAAUGUGUUUUUUCGUACUCUUGCGGACACUGGCUUCCAUGUAUUUCCAUACAGUAA